ACUUCAGGAAAAAGCAAUGUUUGAGUGGAUGAGAGGUGACUGCUGACUGCCCACCCUCCUCCUCCUCCCCUGCUCUGUGUGUGUGUGUGUGUUUGUGGGCUGCAGUCCAUCUGCUUCUUGGAAAGUUAGCGACCUCCUUGCACGUCCCCCCUCCUCCCCUCACUGGCCAGUAACACUGCGAGGGGUCGCACUCAGCAACUGCUAUCAAUCGUGCCAGCGCUCAGAUGCCUUCAGGAGGGGAAGCGCAGUGACACAGGCGACAGCGCAAACUUCCCGGGGGCGCAAGGGAAUAACAAGUCUCCUGGCUGUGCGCCCUCUCCUCCUCCUCCCGGGGAUCUGUUUGAACUUUGCAGCUUGUCGCAACUCCCAACUUGUCGCCUCUUAUUCAAGCCGAACGCUGGGGUAGAGUGAGCAACAUUGCCACUGGUUCUUCAUUAUUAAGUAAAGUCAGGUCCUAUCUCCCAGUUGUAAUUGCGCUUGGGCAUGGCGGGUUGCUGCCUGAGUGCGGAGGAGAAGGAGUCGCAGCGGAUAAACGCCGAGAUAGAGAAGCAGCUCCGCAGGGAUAAGAGGGAUGCGCGCCGGGAGCUGAAGUUGUUGCUGCUGGGUCUGGCUCAUAGGGACACAAAUGACUUUGCAAAGAACUAGGUACCGGAGAGAGUGGGAAAAGCACCUUUAUAAAGCAGAUGAGAAUCAUUCAUGGAUCCGGCUACACAGAUGAAGAUAGGAAAGGGUUUACAAAACUUGUGUACCAAAACAUAUUUACUUCAAUGCAGUCCAUGAUCAGGGCUAUGGAUACACUACGGAUACAGUACACUUCUGAACAGAACAUGGAAAAUGCAUUGGUGAUUAGAGAAGUUGAGGUGGACAAAGUAUCCAGUCUUGAAAGGAAACACGUAGAAGCAAUAAAGAAGCUCUGGGAAGAUGAGGGAAUCCAAGAAUGCUAUGACCGAAGGAGAGAAUACCAGCUGUCAGAUUCCACAAAGUACUACCUUAGUGACAUUGAUCGCAUUUCAAACCCUGGCUUCAUUCCCACCCAGCAAGAUGUGCUGAGGGUCAGAGUUCCCACCACUGGAAUCAUUGAGUACCCCUUUGAUUUAGAAAACAUUAUUUUUCGGAUGGUGGAUGUUGGGGGACAGAGAUCUGAAAGACGGAAGUGGAUUCACUGCUUUGAGAACGUUACCUCCAUUAUUUUCUUAGUUGCAUUAAGUGAAUAUGAUCAGGUCCUUGCGGAAUGUGACAAUGAGAACCGAAUGGAGGAAAGCAAGGCGCUGUUCAAAACCAUCAUAACUUACCCCUGGUUUCAGAAUUCCUCGGUUAUUCUCUUUUUGAACAAAAAGGAUCUUCUGCAAGAAAAAAUUAUGUACUCCCACCUCAUUGACUACUUCCCAGAAUUCACAGGUCCUAAACAAGAUUCCCAAGCUGCCCGGGACUUCAUUCUCAAACUGUACCAGGAUCAGAAUCCGGACAAAGAGAAAGUGAUCUACUCGCACUUCACCUGUGCAACGGAUACAGAGAAUAUACGAUUUGUUUUUGCUGCUGUGAAAGACACUAUCCUCCAGUUAAACCUGAGAGAAUUCAAUUUGGUAUAGAGGAGGGGUCAGGGACAAUGGGUGGAUUUAUCAGGUGCCGUACUGGGAGAUAUCCAAGUCCCCGGAAUCACUCUCGCUACAGGUUUGAUUUCGCUCAGUACAGCCAAUCACAAGCUCCGAUACAUUGUACCGUGUUCUGAGCGCCUGUAACAUUCUCUUUCUUUUCUUUUUCCAAUAGUUUUUAUUGGUAUUUAUAGCAAUAAAUACCAGAUUCUGUAAUAUUGUAAUCUGGUAAAACUUGUAAUCAGGAAAAGUGAAGGUAAUUUUUAUAUCCGUUUACUGCAUUUUUUUUUUUUUUUUAAAGAAAAAGGAAGUAUGAAAUGUACGUGCUGUUUUUAUAAUUCUUCUUAAGGUGUUUAGUAGUUGUUUUUAUGAAAUGUUUGUGACAAAAGAAAAGAAUAUUUAAGAGAAUAUUCCAUAGAACUUUAUAAGAUAAGGCGAUUCUAGUUUUUUUUUUUUAUUGCUAAUUCCUGUAUUCUGGGAGGGGGGGAGGGAUAGUUAUUACCAGAGUUGCCUUUUUUAACGUAAAAGACUGUUAGGGUCACGGAUGGCCGUUGCCAUUAAUGAGAAAAAAAUAUUUUAUGACUUUUUUUUUUUUUUUAAUAGAUUUGGGGUGUUGAAAUGUUAGAAUGUGCUUUGUCUUUCCUCGGAUGUGAUUUCUAAACAGAAGAACUAGGUCUUCAGAUGACGAUAACCGUAACAUGGCAUAUUUUCUGUUUGCUUUAUUUAAUCGAACUCUACAAAUAUCUCCUCAAUUCGGAGCAACUGAAAUUGAAUUGCACCCGGAACACAAUAUAAUACCAAAGGCUCUCAGAAAACGAAGGCGGCAGUGUAAUGAUACAUGUAAAUAAAUGUACUUCUUUAUAAAUAUAAUAAUGUGUGUAUAUAUAUGUAUAAGGAAAAAUACAUAUAUCCUCUCAUUCCAUAGGGCUCAUCCGAAGUUGCAUUAAACUACACUACAGAAUAUCCUUUGUCUCCCUAUACUUUUGUUGCAUGUCAUGGCGGAGAACUGCUUCAGUAGGACUAAAUUAUUACAUCCACAUGGGAAAAAAGGGCACCAUUUUUUUUUAAAAACAAAAAACAAAACCCUUUUCUAUACAACGCGAUAAAAUUGUAGGCUGUGAGCAGUCUGGGGAGGUGUUGGCAAAUGUUUAUUUUUGACGUUUUUUAAACUCUAAAUGCAGAAUUGCUGAACCGGUUUAUUUUUGUGCUGCAGCCACAGCGGUUGAUACGGUUAUGUUGUUGUCACCAAGACGUACUGAUGUCAAUCAUUUAUUUUCGACCUUUUUGUAAAGCAGAUAUUUUAUCCUUUAUAAGUUGCACUAUGACUUGCGGACGAAAUCAUUGAUAUGAAUUGUUUCUUGAUGCGUUUAAAUAAUGUUAAAGACCCUGCUCUUUUUAAAAUUGAUUCCUUUUUCAUGGCAUCACACCAGUUAUUGAUAAUAAAUCUAUUUUAGAGAAAAA